UGAAUUCCAUUUUGGACAUCCAUGAUGUAUAUAACAUGGGGUGACUUUGCUGAAAUCUAAUGCCCUUUCCCAUGGUGGCCACCAUAUCUCAGAAGAACAAUGACCGCCUCAUCGAGAGACCCCCAGGCUACCCUCGAAGACAAGUGGGGAGCCGGUCCUGGCUUCUCUGGCAUUGUCACCUUUGCCCAUUUUGAAACAUGUCGUGCUCUUUUAGAGCCAGAGAAGAAGUUUGAUAUUGGUAUUAUUGGUGUUCCGUUUGAUACUGCAACCAGUUACCGUCCAGGUGCAAGAUUUGGACCAAGUGCCAUUCGUCAAGCUUCGCAACGCCAAAGUGAGAAGCGUGGGUACAACCUGAGAGCUGGCUACAAUCCAUACAAGGAGUGGGCCACUUUAAUGGAUUGUGGUGAUAUCCCUGUCACGCCUGUGUGCAACGAGGUUGCGUUAGAGCAAAUGACUGAUGCCUUUGAAGAACUUGUUCUGCGUCGUCAGUCUGCAUCCAUGCCAAACCAUCCUCCAAGAUACAUUGCACUGGGUGGUGAUCAUUCCAUCAUUCUUCCACAUCUAAGGGCACUUCGUAAAGUGUAUGGCCGUGUUGCUGUUAUUCAUUUUGAUGCCCACUUGGACACAUACAACUCAUCCAAGAAGAAUGGGUAUUGGGAUUCAGAGAAGACCAGAUUCACCCAUGGCUCAAUGCUGUGGAUGGCUUGUGAAGAAGGUUUGAUCAGUGAGGACUAUAAUGUGCAUGUUGGUUUGCGUGCACGUAUUGGUGGCAAGGAUAUGGAUGAUUAUCACGAGGAUACUAGCCAAGGAUGGAUGAGAUUCAGCACUGAUGACAUCUGGAUCAACGGAGUCCCAGCUAUGGAAAGCGUGCUUAAGAAAAUCAAGGACAGAAUCCCAGAAGGUUAUCCAGUUUAUAUCUCGCUCGAUGUUGAUUGCAUGGAUCCAGGAUUCGCACCAGGAACAGGUACCAUGGAACCUGGUGGAUUGACUCCUCGAGAAGUCAUCUAUCUACUUCGUGGAAUGGACUUCAACCUUGUUGGAGGAGAUGUUGUUGAAGUGUCACCACCAUAUGAUACCUCUGAAAUAACAGCUACUGCUGCAUCUCAAGUUGUCUACGAACUGAUCACUACCAUGGUUGAAAAGGGCAAACCCGAAAUUCCACUGUUGAGAAAGAAUUAACCGACUUCAACGCUCCUUCUUGCUUAAAUGGGGAGUUUUCGGCUGUGCUGAUCGUUCAAACUGAACCAAUACUACACAUCGCCCACCACUGGUGUAAUGGUUGUUCAUACAGCUUAGACAUGGACCCAGGCCUUUUGGCUUCACAUCAGCUUCAUUGUCCUUGGUUCCCUAUAUAUUAGUUUUAAAAAUGAAAGCAAUUAGUACGCAAAUA